UUGGUCACACUAUCAGAAAAGCGCCGCUUCUAACAUAUUUCAACGAAAUUUUUGUUGCGUGUGGAGAGGGCUGGCUGGAUUUCAUACCACACACACCAUUAUCAUUUGGAAACUACAGUUAGUUUCUGGCUUAAAAACGCGACUAAGCGCAUGGCGAUUAAGUAUUCCAUUUAUAAUUCAGAAAUACAGAGACAAAUUGAAGAACCUUUUCACCAUACAACUACAUGCAUCGCCAUUCAGCAUUUGUCCCGCCACUGGCACAAAACAGCGAAAAUGGGUCCGCGCUCAACAAUAGCGCAACGCAUGUUGAUCAUUGCACAUUUUAAAAAUGGCUACUCACAUGGAAAGAUUGCAAGUAUGGUUAAUAUGGCAAGAUCAUCAGUGCAAACCAUUAUUACGCGUUUCGUGCGGGAGAACCGUGUCCACAAUAAGUUCAGGAAAGCAACGAACAAAAUUUUUACGGAACUCGAAGAAACAAUGAUAGUUCAACAAUAUCAAAACAAACCCACUACUAUCCCAAAUCUACUGAAAUAUGUGGAAAAACAAUUUAAAAAAUCGUGCAAUUUGGAGACAAUACGUCGGGUGCUCCGGGCGCAAAAACUCUUUGAUGAAACUAAUAAUAACAUGACGCUUUCAACCGAGGAAAUUACCGAUGAUAACAAGGCCUUUUUAUCCAUAGAAAGUGUACCGAGCCGGAUCUCGUUUGCUAAGGAGUAUUUGGCGAAAGACUACGUCUUCUGGGACUCUGUAAUAUUUACAGGCGUUGCUGAGUUCAGUCCAAUGUACUCGAAAAUCGGUCUUAAGGAACACCAUGAGAUGAUCAUGAAGUACAAGGGUUCCACCCUUGUCGUUUGGGGCUGUAUUUCCGCGGCCGGGGUAGGAAACUUGGUGUUUGUUAAGCGAAAUAUGACCAAAAAUAGGUAUCUUUCAAUACUCAAAGAAAAUGUUGUCCAAUAUGCCCAGAAAUUUGGAAUCGAGAACAUAUUUCACUACUACCAAAAUAAUAAUCGAGAUCAUGAAAAAGCUAUUCAAGAGUGGGGUAUUUGGAAUUGUCCACACGUUAUGAAACCACCAGGUUAUGACUUAGACAUUAAUAUAGUUGACAAUUUAUGGGAAAUUUUGGAUCAAAACCUAAUUUUCCAUUCAAUAACCGAUGAAAAUGACUUACAAAAAGCACUCUCUGAGGAAUGGGAAAAAGUAACGCCCGAAAUAGCUAAAAACUUGGUAAGGACCCUACCUAACAGACUUCAAUACAUAGUCGAUAUGGCAUAAUAGCCGAUGCCUUGAGGAGCAUUUAGCAAUUUGGAAUGGAUUUUUUUUUAUUUUUUAUUUUUCAUUUAUUCAUAUGUAUGUACAUACCUACUAUUACUUAAAAACCAGAGAUAAAAAGUAUUACUCAAAUGUUUUUGUUACCAAUAUAAUAUAAUAUACCAAUUUAA